AGGGCUGCCCUGCAGCCUCGGGGGUGACGACAUCCAAGCCUACCCCCCAUCCCACUGCUGGGUAACCAGGUGAGGAUCCUGAUCCAAGGUGACUCCCAGUUGUCCCAGUCCCAGCAGGUUUGCACCCUCCUGGCUGACACCCUGGAGCUGAAGCAGCGCUGGAUGAGGGACCCAGGGGAGGAUGAAGAUGGGGACUCCAGCACCGAAGCAGAAUGAGACCUUGGCCACCUCCUGGCCCCUUGGCUGCCUCACAGCAAUGGUCAAGUGGAGCAGGUUGGCCUCUCACACCCCCACCCAGAAAGUGAAACCCGGUGGAGAAGCCUCAGAGUUUCCUGUUCUGGAGAAUGAGGAAGGCAACCAGGCCAUUUACUGGAAUCCCCCCCCCUUCCCCGGGCCCUCCCCGCAGCCUUUUCUUGAAUCUCUGCAAUGUGCCGGCUGUUCCCCGGGAGGCUGGGGCUGCCGUGAGUCACUGCUGCCGCUGGAACGUGACUCAGUCCCGCUGCUGGCCCGGCAGGACAUGACCAGACUGCCAAAACCAAGGAGAAGCAGCCCCAAAGGCUGCCUUCUUUCCAACCUUCUCCACCCACACUGGCUCUCACCCAGCUGUGGGUUGCCAUCCCAGCAGCACCCCAGCUGUGACUCAGCUCAUUGUCACCAUCCAAACCUGAGCUGGACUCCAGAACCAACCCCCAGCUCCCAGUUCUUCCCUGGCAGCCCAUGGUGGGACACAGCCCUUUGUCCCCACAGGAUUUUGGGGUGAUUUCCACCCCCCCAGCUGGAGGCAGGUUGGGGCUGAGCUUGUCCCCAUGCAGCAGCUCCCAGGGUGUCAUCCCAACCCAAGGUGAUUACCAGGUGCCACGCUGCAAAUAAUUAUAUUAAUAACCCCUUUGCUGUGCUAUAAAUAACC